AGAGAAAGAUGCCCCUACUGCUACUGCCCUACAUCAUUGCUUUUGUCUUCAAUAGCUUAGCUAUAGGUCAUCUAGCAUUGCCACCAGUCCAUCUUUCAGCUCAUAUCCUGUAUAAAUCUUACAGUUCAUGGCUCAUGGCCACACUUCUCACAGUGCAGGGGCCACCAGACAGAGGAAGUGAGAGAGAGAGAGAGAGAGAGAAAAUAGUAGGGGGUGCUGUGCUUGGAAGGCAGAGUAAAAAGGUAAGAAAUUAGUUAAAGUCAUGGAAGAUGGCAGCUCAAACAGUUCCUCAGCUGCAAAAGGAUUGGAGUUGGAAGCCCUGCAGAAGAAGCAUGAGGAAAAAGGUUCAAAGAUUCAAGAGCUCAAGAGACAAAUUGAAGCAACUAAGCAUCUUCUGGAAAAUAAGAAGGAAGUCCCAGAGGAGCAAAUGGAAGCUUUCAAGAACUUGAGCAAGAAAUAUAACAGCAUGAGAGAUGAAUAUUAUGCGUUGUUGGCUGAGAAGUCAAGUAAGAAAGAUAAGUAAACAAAUUAACCCAUCUACUCUCAAACUUGCUUCUCUAGACUUGUUAAGUAUCUUGCUAGCUGAAAUAUGCAUAAGAAAUCGUCAUCUUGCUUUGUUGUAAUAAC